AUGUUCGCCUCCACUGCUCUUAUCGCAGCACUCGUGAAGAGCAAGGCAUUCAAGGGCAACAAUGCCCAUAAGCCCGUCGAACUGUCGAGAGAAGCUAUCGAAUCCGUCACAGCACAACUAAAAGAAGCAACAACAGCAGCUGAAGACACAGCUUCGACCGCCGGCAGCCAAACCACCGUUGUCGACGAAGAAGCCACUUUGCAGCUUCAGUCCCGAGUAAAGAACGCUCUCGAAGUCUUGUUCAGCGACGACAAGACUCGUUUGGUUGAUGUCAACAACGCUGUCGAUUACGUUGCUUAUGGCUUGUCUGAUCUCGUCUUUGUAUAUCCCGGCAGUGCUGCUGGCACUCACCUCGGCCAGGAACUCAAAGGUUGGCAAUCGACUAUCCGCAACAGCCGCGGAAACCUCGUCAAGGUUGUCGAGAUGGAGACCCGCGAGGGUGCUCUGCAGGCUGUUCAGGGCGCACUUGACAGCACCACCAAGACCGCUUCAGUCUUGACUUCGUCCCAAGCCUUGUUGUCGAUGAUCCCCAACAUUCAUGCUCUUGCUUUGGCUCGUCAGCCCGUCGUUUUCCACGUUGGCGCAUACGCUGUCGAUCAAGAAUUGGUAGCUCAUUCGCAGGUUGAUGCUGUCUUGGCUGCUCGCAACUCGGGAGCCAUUGUGCUUUCCUCCAGCACCGUUCAAGAGGCCCACGACAUGGCCAUCGUUGCUCAUCUCCUUGCUCGCGCCGUCGGUCUCCCCGUCAUCCACUACUUUGAUGGCUCUUCUGUCAACAUUGAAAAGGCCUCGCUUUUGUCUUACAGCCAAUUGGCUGCUGCUUUGGACGAUACCAAGGCAUCUGGUGCUGAUGCCUACUCUGAAGCUGAACGUUUGUUGGCCAAAUAUGGCUACAAGCCUUUCGAAUAUACCGGUGCUGCCGAUGCAGAAACUGUCCUUGUUGCUUUGGGCACCUCAUCGGUCGCUGAUGCUGUCAGCAAGGCCAAUGCCAAGGUUGGUCUCGUCACUGUCCGUCUCUACCGUCCUUGGUCUGAAGCCGGUUUCAUUGCCAGCUUGCCCCAGUCGGCUCAACGUAUCAUCGCCUUGGAGCAAACUGAUGGCUUGUUUGCAUUCAAUGGCCCUCUCUUUUUGGACAUUGCUGCUGCUGUCCGUUUCGGUUCCUUGGCCCGUCAAUCCCGCCCUCAUUUGGUGACCGCUCAAGCCAGCUCGUUCGGCCAUCUCUCCGCUGGUCAUAUUCCCCUUUUGGCCAAGGAAGCCGAACAAAAGAACUUUGUUGAUCUCGCCGCUGGCGUCUUCUUGGAAGCCGUCGAAGAACCCAAGCAAGAGCAAAACAUCUGGAGCGCUAUCUUCUGGGACGUUGAACAGGAUGGCAGUGCUGAUGCUGCACAGCACGUUUCGCACUUGUUGCAUCAACAAGAAGAGCAAGUGGCCGUGCAAGUUACUCGCGACGCAUACCGCUUGGGUGGCGCCGUUGUCAACACGCAGAUUGUUAAGAACAGCAAGCCUGUCAUUGCCAAGGCCGAUUUCAUUGCUGUUCACAACGUUGCUUUGACCAAGGAGUACGACGUUUUGGCCUAUGCCAACAAGAAGGCAACUGUUGUCUUGAACGGUCCCUGGAAGCACGGUGACGAAAUCGAAGCACAUUUGACGAACGAGUUCAAGCUCAAGCUGACCCAGUUGGAUAUCAACUUGUUCACAGUGGACGCUUCCCUCAUUGCCGAAGAAUUGGGUCUGCACCGCAAGUCGACGCACAUUAUUUGGGAAGCCGUGUUCUUGGCCUUGACCCAGGCUGACAAGGCUGCUGAUCGCUUGAAUGGCUUGUAUCAUGAGUUGGAUUCGGUUGUGGAUGAGCAAGGCAACAAGCGUGAAUUGACACCGUUGAUCCAGACGCUUGUCAACACUGUUGCUAAGCAGAUCGUUAACGUCGAAUUGUUGCCCCCAUGGACCAUUCUGGAGAUCAGCGAUAAUGUUCUGCCCGGUCGUCCUGUGGCCCGUGCUGUUUUCGGCGAGGAAGACGAAGAGAGCGACGCAUCGACUGCCGUUGAGGAGGGUGAACAAGAACAUGGCGAGUUGAACAAGUGGCACAAGGCAGCAUGGCAAGUCAUGUUCAAGGAAGCCUAUGGAACCGAAACUUCCGUCCGUCCAGACCUUCACGAAUCAACCUACUUGAUCAAGCUGGGCGAGAACAAGCGCUUGACCCCCGCCACUUACGACCGUAACGUGUUCCAUUUGGAAUUCGACACCACUGGCUCCAACUUGAAGUAUAAUUUGGGCGAUGCUUUGGGUGUCCACGGCCACAACGACACUGAGGAAGUCGAUGAAUUCCUUGCCUGGUACGGCUUGAACGGUAAUGAUGUGAUCUCAGUGAAGAACUCUGAUUCUGGCAAGUUGGAGACCCGCACAAUCUUCCAAAUGUUCGCGCAGACGCUCGAUGUCUUUGGUCGUCCUUCCAAGAAGUUCUACGAAUCGCUCGCUUCAUAUGCUUCCAACCACAAGGAAAAGGAGCAGCUGUUGUUCUUGAUAUCGGCGGAGGGCAAGGAUGAAUACAAGAAGCGUGUAGAUGACACGAUCACCUACGAGGAUCUGUUGCGCGAAUUCACUUCAGCCAAGCCUCCUGUCGAAGCCCUUGUCAACAUGAUCACUCCCAUCAAGCCUCGUCACUACUCAAUCGCCUCGUCUCAAAAGAUGUUCCCCAACUCAGUCCACUUGUUGGUUGUCGCCGUUGACUGGGUCAGUGCAACUGGGAAGAAACGCUAUGGUCAGUGUACAAGAUACUUGGCCAACAUGAAGGUCGGUUCCGACGUUACUGUUUCGAUCAAGCCUUCAGUGAUGAAGUUGCCUCCCUUGGACACCCAGCCGGUCAUCAUGGCUGGUCUCGGUACCGGUAUGGCUCCUUUCCGUGCUUUCAUUCAAGAGCGUGCCAUGGUCAAGGCUGCUGGCAAGGAAGUUGGUCCCAUGGUCUUGUACUUUGGCUCGCGUAACCGUCGCAUGGAAUACCUGUAUGGUGAAGAACUGGAAGCCUAUAACGCUGACGGUCUGUUGACGCACAUGGGUUUGGCAUUCUCGCGUGAUCAAAAGAAGAAGGUGUACAUUCAGCACAAGAUGAUGGAGGAUGCCGAGCUUCUGCACGACUAUUUGAUUACCAAGAACGGUCACUUCUACCUUUGUGGUCCUACUUGGCCCGUGCCCGAUGUCAAGGAUGCUGUUGUCUACGGUCUCAAGCACUUUGGCGGUAUCGAUGAGAAGGAAGCUGGCAACCUGAUCGAGGAAUGGAAGGAGAAGGAAAAGUACAUCUUGGAAGUGUACUAA